GGAAGGGCCCGUAACCAGUGUGCAACUUUAUUGAGUGCCGCCACCAGGGAUACUGGCUGAGUUCACGCGCCAAGUUCGGAACUGGCGUAAAAGAAGAGAGCGUGUACCCCCAGUCGAUUUCUGGAAGGGGAAACUGAGGUCAACGAAGAUCAGUGAAGGCAGAUUUCACUAGUUCUAGCUCAGAAGGUCCUAGGUUAGGAAUGAUCUGACUCAGGGAGGUGGGGCCUAACCUAGGGGCUGCACUACAAUAGGUACUAGGCGUAACGCCAGGAACAGAUUAGGGCUAGGACGGGGCGGUACUGAGCUUGACAGGAGGAAGAGCUCUUGAGCAGGGUGGCCAAUCGUAUUGCCAGAGCCUGAACGAGAGCGUGCCGCCUGAGAAGAAGAUUGGGCCCGAAGGGCGGAGUUUCGAGGUGCAGGAACCAGUCAGAGUGUUUGGGCUUGAGGAGGCACCACCCAGUUGGCUGCAGCCAAUGGCGUCGAGGUUCUGAGCUGACCCCGGGGGGAGUGGCCCUUCCGGGCGGCUGGGGCCUGAACCACCGUGGGGGCUAUGUCCGCCCCACCGCCCCUGCAGAUCCGCGAGGCAAAUGCACACCUGGUGGCCGUGCACCGGCGCGUCGCGGAGCUGGAGGCGCGGCUGGACGCGGCGGAGCGCACGGUGCGCACCCAGGCCGAGCGCCUGACCCACCACGACCAGGAGCUGCGCGCCGCCCUGGACGAGCUGGGCUGCGCCAAGGACCGUGAGAUUGCGGCUCUCCAGGAGCAGCUGCUGACCUCCGAGGCCACUGUCCACAGCCUGCAGGCUGCUGUGCACCAGAAGGACAAGCUCAUCAAGCAGCUGCAGCCCCGGGCCGACCUGCUGCAGGACAUGUGCCGCUGGCGGCCACCCCUGGCUGGGCUGCUGGCAGCCCUGGCUGGGGCCGAGCGCCUGGGUCCUCUGCCGGCCAGUGACCCUGGCCACCCACUCUCUGGCGAGUCCAGUUUACUCCUUGCCAACAGCACUGGGGAGGAGGGGGACGGGGACCACCUCCAGCCAGCAGUGUUUGGGACCACUGUGUGAGCCCCAGAGGAGAUUGCAGAAUGGAGACGGAGGAUGCCUGUGGAGACUCCACUGCUGUGGGUGUCCUGGGGGGAGGGAGGGGUGUGUCAUCACUGUGCGAGAGGGAACCUCCUACAGAGCCAUAAUCCUUUCUAAGCCCCAGACCUGCUAAAAAGUCAGGUUUCCAAGAGGCAGCCUGCAGACCAAAUGAAAAAUGUUUAGCCAAGACAUUUUUUAAAAAAAUGAACCAAUUAUCCUUGUUGAAAAAUUGGUGACAUUUACACACAAAAAUCUGGAUAUCCGGCUUCAGACUUGGCCAUGCCUACUGGAUGUGGACCCAGAAUACCCUCCUUAGCCAGAUAGUGAAUUACUAAUUAGUGCCCUCAUCUCUCCUAGGGCCAGAUGUCUGCACCCCCUGGCAUCUGAGUUUGAGACCUGUCUUUGUCUGGUAGUGGCAGGUGACAAAGUUCCACAUCAUUAGACUUUUUCUCACCCCCUACCCGCCGCCCUGGUUUUUGUCCUUCCUGGAGAGAGGCAUUCUCCAUCCCAGGCUAAAGCUUUUUCUUACUUCAUCCCAGACCAGACUUAAGAGCUUCAAGCUCCAUGCCGUUUGCAUUAGUUAUUUUGAAGACAAAUUUUAAAUCCUAGAUGUUCUUUUCCUAAUUCUGUCCUCUACCCUCAACCUUUAACCCAGAGGGCAGUGUGUGGGGCGUGUGAGUGCUGGCAGCCGGGCCCUGCCACCCGGGAAGACUCAGGCACCCCUUAACCUUUUCAUCAUGUGCUGCCUCAGGGCCUUUACAUUGGCUGCUCCCUCUGCCUGGAAUGCUCUUCGCCUGGGUGUCACAUGACCGCCUGGGUGUCACAUGACCGAUUCCUUGUCACUCAGGUCUUAGCUUUGAUGGCACCUCCUCAGAAAGGCCUUCCCUUGACUGCCUGAGUUACUCCCCACCCCUGGUCACUACCACUGCAUUUAUUUUCCUUUAUGGAACUUCUUACCAUCAGAAUGUGAGGUCCACGAGGGCAGAGUUUUUGUCACCGGAGCCUGGUGCACCCCAGGCCCUGGCAGGAACAGGACGGGUCUGUGGGCCCUGAAGGGAGUCAGGUCCCCAACACUUCUGAUGCGCCCCCACCCCGCCCCCACUAGUCCAGCUUUUGUAGCAGGCAGCUGGCUCCUUUUUUAUAGUCCCCAGAGAAUCUAUUUUUUUAACUCCUUUUUUUCUACACUGCCCUCUCUUGGCCUGAGACAUUCAGGCAGUUUCGCUUUUUAUCAAACCAGGGGACUCCCACACCUUAGCCCACUCAAGUGCCCAGCCUGAGCUGUUUUCCCACCUCCUCACUCAGGAAAUUGUCACACCAGGAACUGCCGUGGGGCAGGGCCUAUUUCAGCCUGGAAAGGCUGGCGUCCACCGACAUCCUCAGGACGGAGCCGGCUGUGGGCCCGGCAUCUGACCCCUCCGUGUGUAACAAUAGCCCUAUUUUUCUCUGGAUAAGAAAGCGGGGCUGUUUGUCUGAGGGAAGGCAGGCUGGGGCCUGUUGGCUCAAGAAUAAAUGGGGUGACUUGUC